GGAAAAAUCAAUUGCCCUACCCUCCUCUGAGGUGAUGUAGGAACCUUAGUUUGCAAUAUUGCUUUACUUUAUGUUUCAAUUGGAAAAUGUAUCGGCAAAAGGCACUGAAAAUUCCGGAAAGUUUUAAUCUCAUGUUUGGGGUCGAUAUGUUCUGUGAUAAAUGUUAAUUCAAGCAAUAAAGUUGGCUAGUUCGAAACUCUUAACACACCAAGUGUUCGAAAAAUAAUACCCAUCAGAACCGAACAUUUUGUAGCAUCACAAUCAAGGUAUAUGAUCUGCUACUGUAGUAUUUCAUACACUUUUUAAUGAUUCUAUGUCUACAAUGACACUUAACUUCCAUUUUUCAGGGAGCGACCGAAGGUUCGGAGAGGGUUGACUUUCAGAUCUUUCCGUGUAACCAUGUGGAGACAUAGAAGAAUGGGUACUCCUCCAACACCAGAUGAUUUUAAGGAAUUGGAUCAGUACAUAAAGCUCAAUCUUAAACGCUAUGGACUGGUUGACAAGAAGAAAGUUUAUGUUGGGCUAGAGGGCACCGGUAGACACUCUUGUAUUGUGUAUGCAAACCGAAUGCUGCUGAAUGAGAAAGUUCCAGAUGAAGUGCAUAUCGAUGGAACGUUCAAAGCAAGACCUGCAAAACCAGCAUCAGCACAGUUAUUUACAAUUUUGGGAAUGUAUCAUGGAGUGGCCAUUCCGAUCGCAUUCGCCCUUAUGAGAGGCAGGAAGAAGCAGGCAUAUGCUAAUGUAUUUGAAUCUCUGAAAAGGGAGUUUCCUUGCUUCGAACCUUCAGUUUUUGUUUCCGAUUUCGAGCGAGCCAUGCACUCGGCUAUAAAAUUUUCCUUUCCAUCUGCCAAACAUUUUGGAUGUUUCUUUCAUUUUGCUCAGGCAGAUUUAGAGAUCUUACCUCUACUUAGUUACAGGUAUUGUCUAAUACAAACCUUUUCACCAUCCCUCUUUCCUCCCACUCUAUCUGCUGCUGAAGAUGUAUGA